AUGACCGCCCGUACCGCUUCUCCGGCACUCGCAAACACGUCUGCAGGCGGCGCACCCGCUCGCAAAGCGACACCCUCAUCAUCUUCCUCGCCCGCACCAACCCCCUCCGCCUCGUCCAUGCCAGACCUGUCGACGCUGCUGAACACGCCGAUCAAGGUCACAAUCGCAGCGACAGGCGACGUGCCGCAGCGAGACUUGGAGGGCGCCCUCUUUACCUACGACUCGUCCUUUGUCGUCCUCGCUUCGACUCCCGCAGACACGGCCGCUCGACCGUCGACUCCUCAGCCGUCGAGUGCCCCGCGACGGACAUUCCACUUCCUCCGCACCUCGCAAAUCACCUCCGUAUUCGUCCUUCCGUCUUCCUCUUCCUCCGCCCUCGUCGCCCUUCCAUCCCUCUCCACCCCCCUUCCUCCACUCUCGACCUCCCAAGCGGACCUCCAAUCUCGCAUCGACCGCGCAGUCGCAUCAGACCGCUCUGCCCGCGCCCGAGUCGGCCAGGACGUCUCGUCCGAAGCGCAGGCGCUCUUUGACGCUUUCGCAAAGACGCUGCCUGUGCGGUGGGCAGGCAAGAGUUUCGUCGUCAUGGAUGAGGUCGUUGUAGAGGAACCGUAUGCGGUGGGCAACGUCAAGGGCGCGAAGGGAAGCGGCGAGCGAGUCGAGCGGGUCAAGAAGAUCCUCGAAGGAUUGCGCACUCGACUCGGUCUCUCGACGCCUGUCCCCUAG